AUGCCCUUGGCACUCUUCACAAUUUGUCUUAUAUCCGGGAUAUACGGAAGUGAGGCUGGAGGAGGGCAAUGUAAAAUUUCAGAGAGAUCAUUUCUUGGUAAAGCUCUCAAGGGACACACCUUCAAACAGUUUGCAGUGAGGGCCAUUGUUGAGUGCCAGAACACCUGUGAAAGAGACCCCAGGUGCGCGAGUUACAAUUUUUACAUUCCGGGCAAAGUGUGCGAGCUUAACAGCCAGACCAAGGAAGAAAGACCUGAAGACUUUGUGACAGAUGAGCUAAGGUUCUAUAUGAGACGAGAAGGUACGAUAAUCUGUCUGUUCUCUCCCGUCUAUUUCCUAGACUUACUGGUGGAAGUGAGAACCUGUGAAUGCCAAAAUACGAUAACAAAGUUCCAAGAUGCAAAUCGAAUAAGAUUGCCAUGUAUUGUAUGCGCAACAUUAGUAAGCUGUUCAAAUAAAAUCACACUUUGCAUGACCUUGACUUAGAACUAACCCACAUAUUUCCUAUGCUAAAAUCAGUUUUGUACCAUUAGAUGAUGAUGAAUGCUUGAAGACCCCACCCGUUUGUGAUGUCAACGCAAACUGCAAGAACACUCUUGGCUCCUAUCUUUGUUCAUGUAUAGAGGGCUUUACAGGUGACGGCAAAACAUGUCAAGGUAAAAUUUUGAAAAAAAUUGUCCUGCAAUUUUUCGCUUAUCUAGGUCAUUCUCAAAUUCGUAUUCGUAUUCUCCGUUUUGUAUAUAGAGGAUAUUACAUGGCCACAUGGGGAUACGAAUUCUAUUUUCGAGUGCUGAAAGUAUCUCUCACAAGUGAGCGAAGCGAACGAGUGAGAGAUACUUUCAGCACAAGAAGAUAAAAUUCAUAUCCCCAAGCGGCAUGUAAUGUUUUGUUUAUUUUAUAGAUGCUGAUGAAAUUCCUACAUAAAACACAACUUUCUUUUAUUCAUUUUCGAAACAGCAAAAUAGUGCAAUUAAAGUGGUCACCUAUCGAAAAAUGCCUGUAACAAAAAUGUUAUGAAACUCGGAUGUAAUGUUAUAAAGGAGAAAUAAAGACAAUAAUACUUAUAUUUUCUGUUCCAAAAAGUCAAAAUUCUAAAAAGGAAGAAAAAUUAUGUUAUUUACCAUGGCGACACCAAUAUCCUCAAACGUGAAAGAUAAAAAUAGUAUCUUCACUGCGCGCGAUGAAGAUAUGAUUUUUUAGUAACAGGAAAAAUCCUGGUAUUUCAUCAGUAUCUAUAUCAUAAAAAUAUUUCAUUAGCUGUUAUGUUUACUACCUUUUUGUUUGAAGUAGAAUUGAAUUUAGUUAACAUCUUUAAACAUUUUAUUUCAGACCUAGACGAAUGCCAGAUGAGCACACACAAUUGUAGCGACAAUGGCACCUGCAUUAACACCGAAGGUUCCUUUAACUGUAGUUGCAAACCAGGGUACAGAGGAAAUGGCUACAACUGUUCAGGUACGUGCUUGCGAAGUCUUUCCUAUUUUUUCUUUAGUUUUAACGACUUUUUAUGGCAAAAAAAAAUUACACUUAAAAUGUUCAGGCAUAAUAUAAGUUCAGAGUUCGUUUUCGUCUUGAAAACUCUCCUAACAUUUUAUUUCAGACUCAGACGAAUGCCAGAUGAGCACACACAAUUGUAGCGACAAUGCCACCUGCAUUAACACCGAAGGUUCCUUUAACUGCAGUUGCAAACCAGGGUACAGAGGAAACGGUUACAACUGUUCAGGUACGUGCUUGAAAAGUCUUUCCUACUUUUUCUUUAGUUUUAACGACUUUUUAUGGCAAACAAAUUACACUUAAAAUGUUCAGGCAUAAUAUAACUUCAGAGUUCGUUUUCGUCUUGAAAUCUCUUAUAACAUUUUCUUUCAGACGUAGACGAAUGCCAGAUGAGCUCUCUUAUUUCCCCUUUACAAAGAAAACGGUUACAAAGGUUAUGAUUACGCUUACUUGUACUGUUCCCUUUUUGUAGACAUUGACGAGUGCAGCCGCGGUACUCACAACUGCCACAGUUCCCUUGCUUCGUGUACCAACACAGUGGGAUCCUUUAGUUGUUCAUGUAACAAUCCUUACAGUGGAGAUGGCAGAACGUGCUAUCCACUGGUAUCAGGUAAUCAUAUCGCCGAACACUAGGAAGGUGUCCAUUUACUAGACCUCUAUUCGGAGAUGGCAAAACUUGCAAUAAUAUUCCAGGGGCACCCAACGAGAAUAUAGUUCAAAACCACUUCACAUAGCAUUGUUAAACGUAUUUUAGUAUUUAAACGGUAGAUAAAGGCAUAUUUUUAUCCCCUAGAAAUUUUUCAUCUUUUCGAAUUUCCUAGCUGAAAGUCUAGUGAUCCGAAAAUUAUAGAGAUCAAAACUUAGCUUUUCGAAAAUUUCAGCCAGAAAAAAGGCUCCCGAAAAUUCUAGGUGACCUUUUUAGGAUAAAAAUACGUUAAAAAUGGCCAAUUAUACCAUUUUUUAGGUGUUCGAAAAUCCUAGCAGAGGCAGGCAAGCAAGAAAUUUUACA